AUGACGGGUCCCAACAAUGAAACAGACCGCAAGAAUCCACGAUCUUCGCAUGACUCUGGAUACCAUGCCUAUCGCGCAAGCACGCCGCCCUUUACGCCUUAUACUGAGGACACUCCUCCCGCGGACGAGAGACUUCAGCCGGUGAAUGAAGAAUUUCAUGAUGCGAAAUAUAAGAAUCUCCAUAGUGGCCGGGAUUUGAAAAAGAUGUAG